AUGCCCAAGGUAUUAAUAACUGACAACAUUGCCUCCGAAGGCAUCGAGUUGCUCCAGAAAAACGUCCCCACCGACAUCAAGCGCGGCCUCACGCCGGAAGAACUCGUUGACAUCAUCGGCGAUUACGACGCCCUGGUCGUGCGUAGCGAAACCAAGGUAACCAGCCCGGUGAUCGAGGCCGGCCGUAACCUCAAGGUCGUCGCCCGCGCCGGUAUUGGCGUUGACAAUAUCGACCUCGACGCCGCCACCCGGGCCGGCAUCGCCGUGGUCAACGCUCCCAUUGGCAACACCGUGGCCGCCGCCGAACACACCCUCGCCCUCAUGCUCUCCCUUGCCCGCAACGUGCCGCAGGCCUACGCCUCCAUGAAGGAAGGACAGUGGCAGCGUUCGGCGUUUAUGGGCAUCGAGGUUCGCAACAAGACCCUGGGCAUCAUCGGGCUCGGACGCGUUGGUUCGGAAGUGGCCCGCCGCGCCAGUAGUUUCGGCAUGAGGCUGAUUGCCUUCGAUCCCUUCGUGGCCCCAGACUUCGCGGCUCGCCUGGGCGUAACCACCAUGACGCUGGAUGAGUUGCUGCCCCAGGCAGAUUUCAUCACAUUGCACACCCCGCUGACACCGGGAACCACCAAAAUGAUCAACAAAGAGCAACUGGCGAAGAUGAAACCCGGCGCCCGGCUCAUCAACGUCGCUCGCGGAGAGCUGGUGGAUGAAGACGCCCUGCUGCAAGCCCUGGAAAACGAACAGCUCGCCGGUGUUGCCCUCGACGUGUUCACCAACGAACCCCCCGGCGACCUUCCCCUGCUGCGCCAUCCACGCCUGAUGGCAACGCCCCAUCUGGGCGCGUCCACGCAGGAAGCCCAGCGCGAAGUCGCUAUCGAAGCCGCCGAGCAGGUAAUCGCCGUGCUCAACGGACAGCCGGCCCGCAACACCGUCAACGCCCCCUUCGUCCCGCCCGAGGUUCACGCCAUCCUGGCGCCCUACGUGCCGGUGGCCUCCAUGGUGGGCCGCCUGCUCACCAACAUGGCCCGCGGGCAAUUCAUCGGCGUAACGCUGCGCUAUCAGGGCGAAAUCGCCACCCACAACACGGCCAUCCUCAAGGCUGCUGCCCUCGUCGGUCUGUUGUCGCCUGUCAGUGGCGAAGUCGUCAACAUGAUCAACGCGCCGGUGCUGGCCCAGCAGCGCGGCCUGCAAAUAACCGAACAGACUUCAUCCGAUGGACUCGAAUACGCCAGCCUCAUAUCGGCCACGCUUCACACCACCGGCGACGACAUCACCAUCGCCGGCACUUCCCUCCGCGACGAGCCCCACCUGGUUCGCGUCAACGACUACUGGAUGGACGUUGCGCCGUCCACGCCCUACCUGCUGUUUGUGGACAACCAGGACCAGCCCGGCACAAUCGGCGCGGUGGGCACGGUGGCCGGCCGACGCAACAUCAACAUCAGCUUCAUGGAAGUUGGCCGGAUCGCGCCGCGUGGUCAGGCAAUGAUGGUUCUCGGCGUCGACGACCCGAUCUCCGCCGAUGCCCUCGACGAAAUCAUGGCCUUGCCGCAAAUCGACAACGCCCGGGUCGUUGCGAUGUAA